GUGUGAUCCCUCCUUUUUUUCUCCGCCAGAGAGGACGAAAAUCUGCAACGGCGAGAGGAAAACCAUACGGUGUCCCCGACCGGACUUUCAGAAACUCCUGAUAGUCCGUACUACGUACGAACGGGACCGAGAGUGUAAGUUGUCAGGGUGUACAGAAAGAGAGGGAGACUGCACGGGGUGUGAUUGGAUAAGCAGAAAUAACCCCAUACGUAUAGUCUACGCACGCUGUGGCGGUGCCAGGGGAAACUGCACAUUACAACCGUGUGACUAUGCCGAGCGGGAUAUCGGCAAGUCUCUUAGAGUGGAGCACAAGUGUGUAAAUGUUCCGAUGUCGCUAGGCUGCUAUCAGGACGACCCAGUCAACAACCCCCUGCUGUCUGGUACAUGUACUUCUAGGCCCUCUGAGCCUUAUUCGAUAUACUUGACGGUCCAAGAGUGUAUAUCAUACUGUCGACUCCAAAGUUGUCGGUACGCUGGAGUCGCCGACAGAUUUAGAUGUUAUUGCGGGAACCAAGUACAAGAUGCUGCCUGGCGCCGACUGCCGAUCACCGAGUGUACUGCACCAUGUAAGGGAGAAGCGUCCCGGUUCUGUGGAGGCUGGCGAGAUAGUAAAGGAAUGAAAGUGUUUGAAACGUCUAUAGGAGCCUGUGGUGGCGAUCUGAAGGCAAAUGAAGGGACCAUCUACUCCCCGGAUUUCCCCGGACCGUACCCACUAGAUCAGAACUGUGUAUGGAACAUACAAGUAGCACCUGAAAACGUCAUAAGGGUCAGUUUAGAACUCUUAGACAUCUCUGCAGAGGACAGCUUAACCAUUAUAGAGGAGAGAUCUUCACGGACUGUUGUUACUGUUCUUAACGGUACGUCAAUGACGGAAUACAUCAGUGUCAGCAGUAAUGUCAGCCUGCAGUUCAGAGCUGGGCCGCGAAGAGCGCAGCAAACGGACGGAUUUAUCCUGCGUUAUGAAGCUGUUGGCCUCUGCGGACCAGUAGAAGUGAUCGAUGACGUCACUUCCGUUUUCCCUAACCAUGGAGGAAACGUCGCUAUUGGCCAACAGGCGAGCAUCACGUGUAAAAACGGCCAAAAUGUUACGGUACGGUGUCAGAAGAACGGAACCUUCAACAUGCCAACACCUUACUGUAUAGAGGCUACGGUAGGCGAUGAACAGGAGGUAGUGGUGUGGGCAGUCCCUGUUUCCAUCAUGGCGGCCGUUCUUCUUGUGUCAGUUGAGGUCGCUGUUUUCUGCAUCAUCAAACGUAGGAGGGCCGCGGAAGAGCUAGGAGCCUCCAGUCAUGAGUACGACAUGGUGGACCCAGGAACCUCCAAUGACGAGUACGAGGUGGUCUGCACACAGGACUCCCGUCUCCCGGCCCGGAGUCCACAAGCCCCGCCAACAUUUCCUCGUCCACUCGGAGUCUCUGGAACCCGGUCUGACUCGGACUACCAGGCACUGGACCCCAGGACCAUGUGUAACAGUGAAUACAUGAGCCUGACAACAACCCGCACCUAUAUAGACGACCCAGACUACGAGAACACUCACGAAUAUUUAGAACUAUUUUGAACACAUUUGGAAAGAUAGGUGAAAAUGUUGAGAAUGUGUCGUCGAAAACUAGCCAACAACUGUUAAAAAAAGAACUAAUAAAGUGCGCAUGGACGGAGGCAAUUACAACACUUACGUCAGACCUACACAGGAUACACCUGCAACACCUACACAAGACAGAACCGGAAGUGAACUAUUGGAAUUAGUGAUGUAAACGACAUAUUUAUAGACGCCGUCGACUGCAUAUUUCCCACCGGAACUAGGUCACUUCAGGAUUCUUAUUAUACUUCAUGACUUGCGUGUCUUGUUUAAUGAUGUACACUUUUCAAUUUGAAAUUUGUUUAGCACUCUCUAGUCCUGAGUUUAGCAUUAACUUAAAAGCAUUCGUUUCUACAUGCAAUUCUAUCAUGGAUAUUUUGUUUCACAUAAUCAUAUAGAUGUUUGAACAGUUUUAAUUUGAACAGAAGAACAAUAUUGGUCACAUUCUUGUAUGUCAUUGCAUUUCUUUUGAGUUUUAUUUCAUACAUAUAGCAUAAUUACAACGAAUUUCACGACGAGUACCUUCUUUGUAUGCAUUUAAUUGGCAGUGUUGAAAUUGACCUUUGUAAUAUAGCCUCAAUUUAUUCAAACAUCCGGUGCCUAAGUAAUGUUACAGUCGAACCUAUGAAUGUAUACAUGUAGAUAUAACAGACAAGCUUU